AUGUAUAUUAGGUUAUCUGACUCUGCCAUAGAUCAAGAGUUAGAUGUCACUGUGUCCCCACUUUCCAGUGAUGCCGAGGUGAGUGAUGACGACGCAUCACAGACAGAGUACGUCAUGAGUGAUGAUGGCAGCGAAGUUUCUGUCUAUGUACCUUUUGCGUCUGCAGCAUCAUCAUCUCAUAUUGACGCUACUGCAGCCCCAGACAUCACAAUCCCCUCCACAUACUCGCCUCCUACACCACCAUCUGCCUCCCAACAACUACCACAGCAACAUGCUUCACCACCUCCACUACCACAUCAAGGACAAGCUGAUACGUUUGUGUGGAGGGAUUGUGAUGAUUUUGAGCCUGAUGUACCUGUUUUUGAUGAUGCAAAUGCAGGUAUACAGGCUGAAUUCCCCUGUUCUCCCACGUCAAAAGCAAUGAAUUUUUUUACUGCUUUCUUUGACGUGGGUUUGAUGAGCUUGCUUGUCAAAGAAACUAAUGAGUUCAGGGAAUUCUCCAUCAACUUUGGGAAUAGAUCAGUGAGAGAAGAGGCCAAAAUGCUUGAAUGGACUGCUGUGACUAUUCCCGAGUUGUAUGUGUGGUUCGCACUGACGAUGUUGAUGCCACACGUCAGGAAACAUCGACUGAAGGAUUAUUGGAGUAAGGACUACCUCCUCACUACACCUGUCUUUGGGAGGCAUAUGUCGAGGGACAGGUAUUUUGAUAUCCUGUCAUACCUGCACUUCUCAACAAGUAUUGGCCCUCAACCCAAUGAUAGGCUAUAUAAAAUACGUCCUAUUUUGUCCAUGCUCCUUGAAAAGAUCCGGAUGUUUUUUCUACCAUUCCAAAAAGUUUUAGUCGACGAGUCUCUCGUUCUCUUUAGGGGGCGACUGUCUUUCAUCCAGUAUAUCCCGUCAAAGAGACAUAGGUUUGGCAUCAAAUUCUUUGUCAUCUGCGACUGUAAGACUGGGUAUGUGCUGGAUUUUGUUGUGUAUACUGGUACAGAUGUGGACGUAGCCAGCAAUGACCCCAUGGAUUUUCUGGGGCAGUUGUCAAGCGGCUAA